UCCAUGUAACCCCUGGGUAGCCGUGGGAGAGGGAGGGCUCCGAGGGCAACCUAGGAGGGCACCCUGGCUUGACGAACCUCAGUGGCUGCAGUAAGAGGGAUGUGGAAGGGAGCAGUGAGGUGGGGCCGCUUUUGCUAGGGAUCAUGGAGAGGAGACAGAGAACGAACAGACUGUGCCUUCUGACUGCCCCUGAAGGCUAGGCCCGGCCACAGGAGCUGUGUUAGUGGCCCUGCUCACUCGCCCUUUGUGGGUGGGUAGAUUAGAAUUUCCUUCUCUAACAGCUCAGAAGAGCUAAGUCAAGAGCCCAUUGUUUGCUGUGGCUGUAAUCAGAAAAGGAUUCCUAUGAAGGCUGCCAAGUGGCCCCUCCACGCUUUGUGUUCACUCUUAACAUCCACCUGCUUCCCAAAGUGACCUGCUCCCCCUCCUUGGGCUGCACUGGGGAGGGGCGGGCACCACAACCCAUAGGGCAGCGCACAGUGGCACCAUGUAUAGGAGAGAGAUGGGGGUGGCAUUUUCUUCCAGGGGAGUUGUGGGGAGAUGACCUGACAUGAGCGGCCUCUACUCCGCACUGGCGAGACGGGCAAAGCUGGAGUGAACCGAGCUGAGCCUGGGCACCCCCCGGAGGCUGGAGGCGCUGCAGUCGGGAAGCACCAGGACGAUGGAGCCCUUUUCCCUGUAAGUAGGGGCCAGGGUCUCGCUCCUGAGCCGGCUUCCCAAGGACCCCAGGCCCUGGCAGGAGGGCCUGGAGCGGGGCGAGCCCACGGAGUGGGUGGGGUGUCAGCAAAGAAAGCGGGGCCGCAGGGCAGGUUCUGGAAGCCUCUCUGCGUGGCUGGGCUGGAGAGUGCAGACGUGGGAGAGCCCGGAAUGGGGAGCGCGUGGCCCGUGGGCGCCCGAGGCCGCGCUUCCCUCGCUGGCUCUGCGGCCGAGGUCCAGGCCGGCAGGCUGCCCGGGCGGGUCUGUCCCUGAGCUUUCCGGGGGAGGCGGGGAAGGGCUGGGGGCGGGACGGGUCUCCCCAGCGGGAGGUCGGGGACCCCAUCGCGCGUUCUGCCCUGUCGGGGUGGCCUGCGGUGCAGGGGUCGGAGGCCAGACCACGCAGGCGGGAGGGAGCCCGGCCACAACUGCUGAGAGCCCCCAGCCGCGCUGCGACUCAGGGGCUCCCUGCCUUUAGCCACCAAGGGCGGGGGCAGGCUGCGGGGUACCCGGGAGAAGCCAGAUCCCACUCAUUUUACACCAACUAAUUAGAUCCCGCCGCCCGCCUGGGACCGUGGCAUUGUCAUGUCCGCUGCACUGACGGGGAAACUGAGGCACGGGACGAGCAAGGCGGGGGAGGGAGUCGGCGCCGCCUAGCUGGGGCGCGCCCCGCAUCCACCCGGACACCAGACUCCCGCGUGGCCUCUGCUCCUGAGCACGGCGGCAUCUGGGGAAACCGGGCUGGGCUCCUCCGUCCUCUGGAAGCUAUUGUAAGUUUUAGAAAAAUGUUACUACUGGGCACGAGGAGAGUGAAUCCAUGGUUACCGGCGUUGAACAAAUCGUUGCAGCGCGUUCCCCACGGUGGGUGGAGUGUGUGAUUGUGAGUGGGAGGGGAAUGGGCACCGAACCUUUACCUACACAAAUGCCUAAACUCGCAAGCAAUUAGGACACAGACGUCUGAAAAUCGGAUUAAGCGAUAGGAAUUCUAAUGGUCCAGGAUCCAAAUGAGACCCAGCCACUGUUAGCAGCCUUCAGUUUUGUCCUGUUGCCCGUAAUUACCCCAAGGUCAGGGAGAAGCACUGAAGCAAAGGCAUGAGCAUCCCUUUGAAAAAGAAACCUGCCUGGGGUGCUCCUUCCUUCAGACUCCCCUUCAAAGUGUUCCCUCAUUUCAUUCCAAAGGAGUGAACUUUUCUAAACUAAGUGGUGCUGGUAGAAGAUGCUCCCUAAGUGUUGCAGUAAUUCUUGAAGCUCUUCCAGGACAUCUUGGCCUUCCUCUGUUCCCUCCCCUUCCUGCUAUUUUGCAGACAUGUCCACUGGGGAAUUGUAUGGCAGGAAGGCUGAUUUUAUUUAGCUGGACCUUGAUUCUUGGUUUGCACAGUACCUGGGUCCAGCCUGCAGCAUUCCGGUCCAGUUCAGAGUCUGUCAUCUGAACCAUGAGGAUCUGGUGGUUUCUGCUUGCCAUUGAAAUCUGUGCAGGGAACAUAAGCUCACAGAACACGUGCAGGCAAGGGCACCCUGGCGUCCCUGGGAAUCCCGGUCACAAUGGUCUGCCUGGAAGAGAUGGACGAGACGGAGCAAAGGGUGACAAAGGGGAUGCAGGAGAACCAGGACGUCCCGGCAGCCCAGGGAAGGAUGGGACAAGUGGAGAGAAGGGAGAACGAGGAGCAGAUGGAAAAGUUGAAGCAAAAGGCAUCAAAGGUGAUCAAGGUUCAAGAGGAUCCCCAGGAAAACAUGGCCCCAAGGGGCUUGCAGGGCCCAUGGGAGAGAAAGGCCUCCGAGGAGAGACUGGGCCUCAGGGGCAGAAGGGGAAUAAGGGUGACAUGGGUCCCACUGGUCCUGAGGGGCCAAGGGGUGACAUUGGGCCUUUGGGCCCAACUGGUUUCCCGGGCCCCAUGGGCCUUAUUGGAAAGCCUGGUCCCAAGGGAGAAGCUGGACCCAUGGGGCCCCAGGGUGAGCCAGGAGUCCGGGGAAUAAGAGGCUGGAAAGGAGAUCGAGGAGAGAAGGGGAAAAUCGGUGAGACGCUGGUCUUGCCAAAAAGUGCUUUCACUGUGGGGCUCACGGUGCUGAGCAAGUUUCCUUCUUCAGAUGUGCCCAUUAAAUUUGACAAGAUCCUGUAUAACGAAUUCAACCAUUAUGAUAUAGCAACGGGGAAAUUCACGUGCCACAUUGCUGGGGUCUAUUACUUCACCUACCACAUCACUGUUUUCUCCAGGAAUGUUCAGGUGUCUUUGGUCAAAAAUGGAGUAAAAAUACUGCACACCAAAGACGCUUACAUGAGCUCUGAGGACCAGGCCUCUGGCGGCGUUGUCCUGCCGCUGAGGCUCGGGGAUGAGGUGUGGCUGCAGGUGACAGGAGGAGAGAGGUUCAAUGGCUUGUUUGCUGAUGAGGACGAUGACACAACUUUCACAGGGUUCCUUCUGUUCAGCAGCCCGUGACAGAGGAGAGUUUAUAAAUCAGCCACACCAUCCAUCAGAAUCAGCUUGGUGACGAACUUUUUCAGAUGGUUUUACUUCACUAAUUCCUCCAAUUAUUACAAUAAUCAUAAAAAGGUGAAAACGGAAAAGUUAUUCCCAAAACUGAUUCUGUGUAACUUACUAUCUUUCCAGGAGUAAAUAUUGAAAAGAGCUGCAUGGUUUAUUCUAAUUUAUUUCACAUUUCUUAUUCCUAUUAUCUGAAGAAUCCUCUGCCGGUGUGUUUGUUGUGGGAAGAGUGUUUUGAUAUCGUUUUAGUGCUCUGAGGAGUCAUGUGAAGAUGUAUUCCUCAUCUGUGUUUCUGGGGACAGUAAGGGGAAAGUAAAGGGAAAUCUUUAUUCCAUUUAGUACUAGUAACAGCUUUAAGGUGGUGAUGCUGUCACACUCCAGAAAGCUGUAGACACUGCUCAUUUUGUCUUUUUUUACAAAUUAUUUUUAAGUUCUGGGAUACGUAUACAGAACGUGCAGGUUUGUUACAUAGUAAACAUGUGCUGUGGUGGUUUGCUGCGUCUAUUAACCCAUCACCUAGGUAUUAAACCCUGCCUGCAUUAGCAUUUGUCCUGGUGCGCUCCCUCCUACUUGCUCAUUUUCUAACCUAGGUUUUAAUCACCAUUCCAUCCAACAAAUCAUUGUUUGAUCAUUAUUUGCCAGGCGUGAAUCUCUGUUUGUUUUCUAGGAUUGCCCUAAUAAAGUACGCAAAGUGAGAGUCUUUAAACAACA